AAUGUGCUGAUUUGUGUGAUGUGUUUUUUGUGUGAACUUUCAAUAUUUUAGGCAUGAUUUUUUCAGAAUAAUCAGAGUGAAGAAAACACAAACUUUAUCAAGCGUGAGAGGGAGUGAAGAGACGCACUGGUGGAGAGGCUCACCCUACACGGCUCUCAUCAGGGCUUCAUAUAGGCUCGAGCUGUCAAGAGGGCUAACAGAGAUAUCACUAUACUCUUUAUCUCUCUGAGCCUCAUUCUCCUGAUCCUGACAUUGGCACUAAAACAAUGUCCUCUGCUGCAACUGCUGUGCCUACUGGGCCCCCAGUGGCAAAAUCUCCAAAGAAAGCCAAGAGGAAGUCAUCAGGUCCCUCAGUGUCAGCCCUGAUCCUGAAGGCUGUUGCCGCAUCCUCAGAGCGUGGGGGUAUCUCUCUGCCAGCCCUGAAGAAAGCUCUAAAGGCUGGAGGAUAUAAUGCGGUGAAGAACAAUGCCAGAAUCCUUGCUGCCAUCAAACGCUUGUUGACUAAGAAAACCCUGGUCCAAACCAAAGGAUCCUUCAAGCUGAACAAGAAGCCCCCCAAACCUCGGAAGAAGAUUGUGAAGAAGAAGACAAAGGCCAAAAAGGUCAAGAAGGCUGGUGUGAAGAAAGCAGCUGGAAGUGCAUCACCAGUCAAGAAGUCACCUAAAAAAAAGAGGAAGGCAAAGAGUCCCAAGAAAGCCAAGACAACCACUGCUGCCAAAAAGACCAAGAAGCCAAAGAGUCCUAAAAAGAAAAGUCCAAAGAAGAAAAGUCCUAAGAAGGUUCUCAAAAAGAGUCCUAAAAAGACCCUGAGGACCCGUGCAGCUGCUGCCAAGAAGUGAGAACUCUCCUUAAUGAACACUGAGUGCUGACCAAACGCAUUUCUGGAGGCAUUCAGAUCAUGUGUGGACUAAUCCUUUGCAGUCUUUCCAAAAACUCAAGUAUGCUUUGGCUAUUUUACAGUUUUUCUAGAAAAUACUGAACCUGCUGUUGAAAAAGCUCCACUCUCUGCAACCACCUGUUGUGGUAUGUAAAGACUUGAACUGCUAUUGUCUGAAAUAAUAAAGCUAUUCUCAUU